AUGAUUAAAUUGCUGUUCUGCUUUUCUUCCUUGAAUUUAAGGAGUGUUCUCCAAGAUUCCGAAAUCGUAAUCGAGAACAUUUCAGCGAAGGAUGGUGCUGGCUUCCAUGUCAAGGGAAAUGUCUACAUUUCUGUCGGGCACUCAGUUCAUCCGCUGCCAUACUGGGGAUGGAAGCAGUCUCAAUCAUGGCGUUUGACAUUCACCCCACGGGAUUUUUCCCCUUUCAGGGGCAUGUUGUCAAAAGACAACUCAAUGAUUUUUAUUCAGAAUGCCAGAUCCACCGAAUACGGAGGCGGCUUUGCCACCAGAAAACGCUUGCGAGUGACCAACAGCUCAGUCGUCAGCCUUCAGAAUGUGACUGCUCGAAACCAUGGAGGAGGUUUCCUUGCCAUUGGAGAGGUUGAGAUAGCUGGGAAUUCGACGGUCAAGAUUUCCAACAGCCGCGCUGGAUCAGGAAAUGGGGGAGGUUUCGGCACCGAAAUGAGCUUGAAGGUGUCCACCGGCUCAAGACUCACCAUUCGGAAUGCGACAGCUGGAAUGCAUGGAGGAGGAUUCUUUGCCAGAGGCAAGACGUUGAUCAGCAGUUCCACAGUCAGCAUCCAAAAUACCAGGGCCCCGAAGUACGGUGGAGGUUUUGUGUCCGCUGACGAAGCUGUCGAUGAGAUGUCAAGCGUCAGCAUUUCCGAUUCAAGAUCGGGAAGCGGUGGAGGCUUCCUGACGGAAGGGCUCUUGCAGGUGACCAACAGCUCAGUUGUCAGCCUUCAAACGGUGACUGCGCAAAAUUUUGGCGGUGGUUUCAAUGCCCUUGGAAAAGUUGAGAUAGCCGGGAACUCCACGGUCAACAUUUCCAACAGCCACGUUGAAUCGGGAGACGGGGGAGGUUUUGCCACUGAAAAGGGCUUGAAGGUGUCCAUGGGCUCAAGACUCAUCAUUCGGAAUGCGACAGCGGGACAGUAUGGAGGAGGUUUCUCAACCCUGAGAGCCAUGCAGGUGACCAACAGCUCAGUCGUCAGCCUUCAGAAUGUGACUGCUCGAAACCAUGGAGGAGGUUUCCUUGCCAUUGGAGAGGUUGAGAUAGCUGGGAAUUCGACGGUCAAGAUUUCCAACAGCCGCGCUGGAUCAGGAAAUGGGGGAGGUUUUGACAGUGAAAAGGGCUUGAAAAUGUCCACUGGCUCAAGACUCAUCAUUGGGAAUGUGAUAGCUGGAAGGUUUGGAGGAGGAUUCUAUGCCAAAGGCAGGAUUUCCAUCAGCAGUUCCACAGUCAGCAUUCAUCAUGCCACGGCCCGGCAGUAUGGUGGAGGUUUUGUGGCACUCGACGAAAUUAUCAUUGACAAGAUGUCAAGCGUCAGCAUUUCCAACUCGAGAUCGGCAGGGCAGGGUGGAGGCUUCCAAACGGACGGAAGCUUGCAGGUGACCAACAGCUCAGUUGUCAGCCUUCUGGACAUGACUGCUGGAAGUCAUGGAGGAGGUUUCAUUGCCAUUGGAGGGGUUGAGGUAGCUGCGAACUCAACCAUCAACAUGUCAAACAGCCGCGCUGAAUCAGAUGGGGGAGGCUUUCGCACUGACAAGGGCUUGAAGGUGUCCACUGGAUCAAGACUCAUCAUUCGGAAUGCGACAGCUGGAAUGCAUGGAGGAGGAUUCUUUGCCAGAGGCAAGACGUUGAUCAGCAGUUCCACAGUCAGCAUCGAAAAUACCAGGGCCCCGAAGUACGGUGGAGGUUUUGCUGCAGCUGAGGAGGUUGUCAUUGAUGAAAUGUCAAGCAUCAGGAUUUCCAAUUCAAGAUCGAGGUUGGGGGGGGGCUUCCACAGUGACGGGCGCUUGCAAGUUACCAAAAGCUCAUGUGUCAGCCUUCAGAACGUGACUGCGCAAAAUUUUGGAGGAGGUUUCGAUGCCCUUGGAGGGGUUGAGAUAGCUGGGAACUCUACAAUCAACAUUUCCAACAGCCGCGCUGAAUUUGGAAGCGGGGGAGGUCUUGCCACUGAAAAGGGCUUGAAGGUGUCCACGGGCUCAAGACUCAUCGUUCGGAAUGCGUUUGCUGGAAAGUCUGGAGGAGGAUUCUAUGCCAGAGGCAGGACGUUGAUCAGCAGUUCCACAGUCGGCAUCCAAGAUGCCAGGGCCCAGCAGUUUGGUGCAGGGUUUUGCGCAGAAGGAGUGGCAGUUUUUAAGGCGUCUACUGCGGCCAUGUUCAGCACCCAUGCAGGGGCAGAUGGUGGUGCUUUUGCAGCUCUUAGGCUGUUCUUACAUGGAAGCUCGAUGUCCAUCGGCAACUCCACUGCAGCCGGAUCAGGCUCCGGAGGUCGUGCAGAUGGUCUAGUGCUGCUUUCAGCACAGUCUACUUUGGUGGUGAAACAUGCCCAAGGUCUCGGCAAGUCCAGCGUGCUAGCAGCAAGCUGCCUCCACCUGCGUGAUCGGUCGCAGGCUCUUUUUGAAGGUGUCGUCGGCGGCCAUGGGGUGGAACUCAAGAACAGUGGAUGCUCUGCCCUUUGCUUAAACAGCACCUUCCAUGUUGCAGAGGAUGCAGCCCUCAACUCCAGUGGUCGCUUGAGCUCCGGUCUUCUCUCCCUUGCUGCCUGCCCGAAGGAGAAGGUACGUCUCUCAGGGAUCCAUUUGCGCUCCUGGUCCAGCGCGUUGCUCAGCACCCGCCCAAGCUCUGUGGUGGUCGACCAAGUGAGUGUCGAUUACGAGCCACCGGUCAACAAUUUGCAGGUCCUAGCUGCCAAGGACGGCUUCGAGAUCGAGUCGUUGGCCGUUUCCUGCCGGAACUGCACCUGGGGCAUCACUUUCAACGCCACGAAGGACGGAACUCUAAAAGCCGUGAGCUCUGAACAUCUCCAGUGCUCCAAGACUGCCACAGUGUCAAAAGGCUUGACGCAACGUUGCAAGUGUCCGAACUACCUGAUUGUAUCCCAGCGCUUCCGCGAUGUCGAUAUGGUGCCAUUGGAAAGUAUUUUCCAGACGUGCAUGUUCUGCAUGCCACACUUCCACUUUCAGAAUGGCGACUGCUCGAAGUGUGGUGUCUUCAUUGCUUGGUCUGAUGGGAACAAAGACGUUUGCCAUGUGCUACCACGCAAAAAGAGGGAGCUUAUCAUACUUUCGACAGGUGCAGCCGUGGUCGUCAUUUUGACCUUCCUCAUCUUCGAGAUUUUGCAUGCUCCUUUGGUGAUCGUUGAUGCGAAGUCAGCUUUGGAAGAUCCGACACAAGCAAAAAGCAAGAGGAUUUUCAUGCUUGCUGUGCAAGGCCCAAUCGUUGAUCUUCACAAAAGCCUGUCUCGCUUGGUGCACCAGCGGGUGCAGUAUCGGGCAAAGGGAACAGGGUUAGUCUGGCUAGACUAUGAUCAGAAGAAGUCCAAUGCAAUCAAAGUUCGCACUAUUGCGCGCAGAAAGCUUUUGCUGCAAGACACGAAUCCACUGUUUGAUUGUGCGUCGUGCAAGGGUUCUUUGCACGCCGCUGAUUACUUUUACUUGCUCGGCUUGCUCACUGCAUGCAUAUCAGUGAGCGCGAUGCUACCUGUCAUCAUCAAGGUAGCAGUCACAUCCGGAAACGGUGUAGGACAUGUUUUCGUUACAGCAAUAUAUGUUACCUUUCCUCUGGUUACUGUUGCGUCAUUGCUGCAUUUGCCGGUGGCGUGGCUGAUCCGACGUCUAUAUCGUGGAACGUCAUUUUCGGAGGCUUUGGAUGAAUACCGGACGCAGAUCAACUGCAAGCCGUUCACGGGGCCUGAUGCAGCCCAUCCUGUCAACCAGGGCUUGGAGGUGUUAAUUUUGCGCGGCUUGUGGGAGCACUUCGAGAGUUUUAUUCUGGAGCGCAAUAUGCACUUUGUAGUUGCCAACAUAGUGACGCCCCUGACGCAAAGCAGAGAGGUUUCCUUUGUAACACUGUGGGGCGGCAGGCGAGUGAAAUAUUUUGUGUCUCAUUCCUGGGGCACCAGUUUUCCGCACUUCGUGCGUUCCAUCCAAUGCCAUGCUAUGUCCAAAGAGGGCUCCACUUCUUGGAUUGAUGCAGCAUAUUGGAUCUGCUCAUUUGCGAACAACCAGUGGGAUAUCGGAGCCGCAGUGGGAAGUGACCCCAUGCAGAGCAACUUUGCACGCGCAUUGAGAGGCGGAAUCAAAGGGGUUGCGAUGGUCUUGGACCAGGAAGUGCAGCCUCUCACAAGAGUUUGGUGUCUAUUCGAAUUCCUCCUGUCCAGCCAAGAGCACUUGGAGUUGGUUUUUGUCACCAGUGCUGGCGUGAUAGGUGAUGCUGCUUGGCACAAGAAGGUUUGUUUCAAAGUAUGUGGAACCUGGCAACCAAUGCUGUUUCUGCCCAUGAAACAAACAAAAGGUUUGCCAGUCUGUUGUGGGCAAGUUCUCGUUCCUGCUUCGCUGACCGGACUGUUGUAA